GAGAACACAUUCAAACAUAUAUGGCCAAGUUAAGAUUUCCAGUAGUGAUAGGAGAAGCAGAGCUCAUCUUGCCGGAGUCUCCAACUCCGGUGGAAUUCAAAUACUUAUCAAACUUAGAUGACCUUGUCUUCUUUCGCCAUCACAUGCCUUUCAUUCAUUACUAUAACUCAAGGCAUGAAGGUGAACUGUGUGACCCUGCAGCAGUGAUCCGGAGAGCUUUGUCUAAGGCUUUGGUGCAUUACUACCCACUCGCUGGCCGGCUAAGGCAUGGUGAGAAUGGGAAGCUUGUUGUGGAUUGUUGUGCUGAAGGUGUUGUCUUCCGAGAUGUUGAAGCUGAUGUGACUUUGGAGCAGUUGAAGAUGGUGGCUGGAGGGCUCCGGCCACCAUCCCCAUAUUUAAGUGAGUUCUUAGUUGAUGAUGUUAAGGGUGGUGCCUUUAUUACUGACUCUCCAUUGCUGUGCAUGCAAGUGACAAGGUUGAAAUGCGGAGGAUUUGUGCUAGCAUACAGAGUAAAUCACUGCAUAUGUGAUGCAUAUGGUGCUUUUCAAUUCAUCAAAUAUCUCUCUGAAUUGGUUCGUGAACCCAACCGGUCUAGUCCAACCCAACCACCAGUUUGGUCUCGUGAACUACUCGUCCCAAACUCCACUCCUUGUCCGUUAUUCCCCCACACAGAGUACCAUCUAAACAUAAACUCCAAACAUGACACAUCCAAACUCAUGAGAACACAGAAACUAACACAAACCUCAAUCUUUUUAACUGGACAUGAUGUAUUUGCACUCAAAUCCAAGAUCAACAAACCCAAAACCACAACCUUUGAAGUGAUAACAGCGUUGCUCUGGCGUGCAUGGGCAUGUUUUCUAGCCUUAGAUUGUGAAACAAGGCUUGUAUUCCCAAUAGACACAAGAAGGAGCCACACACCUGUCCUACCUGUUGGCUAUUACGGUGUGGCCUUGAUCACCCCAUGCACCAUUAUCCAUGCCAAGCAGCUUGUGUCUCAGCCGUUGAGCUUUGCAGUGGGGCUGAUAUCAGAGUUGAAAAGCAAAGUACAAGAUCACAAAGAGUACCGGUCUUCGGCCAUAGACUUCAUUGAGAUGAAUGGAAGGUCUAGGUUCUGUAACAAGGUGGCGUUUGCUGUGUCGGAUCUAAGUAAGCUGAGGUUUGAUAAAGUGGACAUGGGAUGGGGACAAUGUUUGUAUGGUGGGUUUGCAAGGGCAGGUGUAGGGGAUGUGCCUGGCUUGAUGGUGGCACCAUUGGUGAGGUAUAAAGAGAGGAGGAUGGGUUGGAGGGUUUGCUUGCCAUUGUCUCAUUGCCUCCUCAGGCUGUGGAUGUGUUUCAAAAGGAGGUGCGUCGUGAGAUUGAUAGCUCUUAUGCCUUCACAUCCUCUCUCUAGAUUUGGUUACAAGUAUUAAUUCGGGAAGGCCGUGCACAGGCUGUUGGAGAUGAUGAUGUUGAAGGCAUUAAGCUUAUU